AUGGAUUGGUUCUCGUGGCUUUCCAAAACUGGGCUUGAGCCAUCUCUAGUGUACGAGUAUGGCCUUACCUUUGCUCACAACGAGCUUGAAGAUGACGACAUGUUUUACUUCAACCACGAGUUUCUCCAAAGCAUGGGCAUCUCCAUAGCAAAGCACAGACUAGAGAUCCUCAAGCUCGCUAGAAAAGAGAAGGGAAAGAGCCCUCGCGCGGUGGCAAAGCUCGUGGUGGCAAUCCAAAGGACGAAGAGGAACUUGGCUAACUAUGUGAGGACGCUGAUGCACAGAGAAGAAUCAUCAUCAGCACUUGUUGUGGUGCCACCAUCAAGGCCUAGUAGUGGUUUAGGGACAAGGUGGAAGAGUGCUGUGAUGAAGAGGAGCAAAAAGUUGGUGGCCAAGCAAGAGACACUCUUUCUCACAAAUGGAAGUUCCACAGUAGUUCCAGCUCAUCCUGUUCUUGAUGGUUUUUCUAGUCCCGUGGUGUACCAUUUCCGGAAGGAGAAGAUGGAUGGAGAUGAUGAUGAUGAUGAUGGCUACUGGUCUGCUGCUGUUGAAGAGAUCAAGUGGGAUGCCAUGUUUCAGGAUCUAAAGCCUAACUGA